AUGCGCGUGCGAGAGUUGCCCAGGAGUUUGUCUCUAUCACGCAUGAAUCUCAAUAGGGAUCUAUCUAUCUAUCUAUCUAUCUAUCUAUCUAUCUAUCUAUCUAUCUAUCUAUCGCAGUUUGUUCAUUAUCUAUCUAUCUAUCUAUCUAUCUUAGUCUGUUCGUGUACAACUCAGUCUUUUCAUAUCUAUCUGUUUCAAUUUGUUCAUAUAUAUCUAAGUUCAUUAUCUAUCUAUCUAUCUAUCUAUCUAUCUAUCUAUCUAUCUAUCUAUCUAUCUAUCUAUCACGUAUUCAUAUCUAUCUCUCUAUCUAUCUCAGUCUGUUCAUAUCUAUCUAUCUAUCUAUCUAUCUAUCUAUCUCAGUCUGUUCAAUAUCUAUUUCAGUCUGUUCACAAUUUAUCUAUUUAUCUAUCUAUCUAUCUCAGUCUGUUCAGUCUAUUUCGGUCUGUUCAUAUCUAUCUAUCUAUCUAUCUAUCUAUCUAUCUAUAUCUGUUUGUCAAUGAUCUUUCCCUAUUUUUCUCGCUCUUCGUACGUCUUUUGUUAUUUCUUCAUUGUUUUUUUUUUUCUUUUGUGUUUUCUUUUUCAAUUCAUUUCUCCCCGUUUUUCUAUUCCCACUUCUUUCUUUCUUUCUUUUUUUACGCUUUCCUUUCUUUUUUACUAUUUCUUUCUUUAUUUCUUGUUUCUAUUCUUUCUUUCUUUUUCUAUCUCUUUCUUUUUGACUUGUCUCCAUUUUUCCUUUCUUUCUUUUUUUACUUUCUUUCUUUCCAACUUGUUUCGACCAUUUCUUUCUUUUUCUUUAUCUUUUGUUUCCAUUCUUUCUUUCUUUCUUUUUCUCUCUUUGUCUUUCUUUUUGACUUGUCUCCAUUUUUCCUUUCUUUCUUUUUUUACUUUCUUUCUUUCCAACUUUUUUCGACCAUUUCUUUCUUUUUCUUUAUUACUUGUUUCCAUUCUUUCUUUCUUUCUUUUUCUAUCUCUUUCUUUUUGACUUGUCUCCAUUUUUCCUUUCUUUCGUUUUUACUUUCUUUCUUUUCCAUUUUUCCAUUUCUUUCUUUUUCUUUAUCUUUUUUUCCAUUCUUUCUUUCUUUCUUUUUCUCUCUUUUCUUUCUUUUGACUUGUCUCCAUUUUCCUUUCUUUUUUUUUUUACUUUUUUCUUUCCAACUUUUUUUCGACCAUUUCUUUCUUUUUCUUUAUUACUUGUUUCCAUUCUUUCUUUCUUUUUCUAUCUCUUUCUUUUUGACUUGUCUCCAUUUUUCCUUUCUUUCGUUUUUACUUUCUUUCUUUCCAACUUGUUUCGACCAUUUCUUUCUUUUUCUUUAUCUUUUGUUUCCAUUCUUUCUUUUUCUGUCUUUGUCUUUCUUUUUGACUUGUCUCCAUUUUUCCUUUCUUUCUUUUUUACUAUCUUUCUUUCUUUCUUUCUAA